AACUCUGACCAAUUUCGUCAGGGGCGAGGGAGAGUCGUAACGUCGUCGUGCGUAGCAGCUUCAAUACCGGUAGACUAUGUAGCGGAUUUAUUAAAGAAAAUCAUAGUCCCUAAUACGCUCUAUAAAGAUAUUAAUAACGCGAGAGUUUGCAAGUUGCCUCAAGACUGUAGUUGGAACUGUCAAAGGUGGAGUGGAUACGCGCAUGAGCCUACUGUACCACUGUACGCGGCCGCUGGGAAAUAUCCGCUGAAAAAACGCAAUAAUCCCGAGCCAUGGAAAUCCCUGGUGGCCCGAGGUUUGGGAAGCUGUCCUCUGCGGGGCUGCCAAGAGCUCGGCCCUUUAAGCCUGGACUGCAGCAGGACACAGUGAGAGCCUCGCCAGCCCCAGAAACCAACAACAAACACAGUCCCAUGUUUGAUGACUUGACAGAGGGGAAGAAAAAAAGUGGCCGUCCUAAAACAGAAGUGCAAGAACUAAAAACUAUUCCUGCUCAUUUGAUAGCACAGUGGAAGGAGGAGUUUAAGCGGCGCUCGCGGGUGAGGUGUCCGUGUUCAGGCUGUUGGUUGGAGUUUCCCAGCAUCUACGGAGUCAAGUACCACUAUCAGCGCUGCCAGGGGUCCACUGUAGCAGAGAAGCUGAGUCAUGGCUGCCCCUACUGUGAGGCCGUGUUCGCCACAAAGAUUCGUCUGGAGAAGCACAAACUAUGGAACCACCCAGAGCGCACUGCCAAGCAACCCAAGGACGAGGAGCCGAAGAUACACAAGAGCCAUGUCAAGUCCAGCGUCAAGAAAAGACCUAUGGAGAACAGUCCCCCAUCCUCUGUGUUCUUUAAAGUAAAAAAGACCCAUGAGGCGUCCAUGCCGUCACAGAACGGAGAACUGUCCCAUCAGAAGGCUGACAGGAAAUCACACAUACAGAACCAGAGUUCACCCAACCUCCACCAGUCUGUACCAUCUGUACCAGCACAGCUUCAGUCCCAGUCCCAGAGCACAUCAUCAGACGCAGGAGGCAGUGAGAGUGAAGGGGGCCUCCCUCCAUCUUACCCCGAUGAAGAUCCAGAGAGAAUGAAACACAGAAGAAAACAGAAAACUCCCAAGAAAUUCACUGGGGAACAGCCCUCUAUCUCUGGCACAUUUGGUUUGAAAGGAAUGACUAAGGUGGAGGAAAAGCUCAAAGCUGGUCGUGUGAAGAGAUCAGAGGGAGGGACAGUCACUGAGGAACCACAGAAGAGACCCACUCCUGUUUUAUCUAAGAAAGAUCCAGCCACAACCAGCUCUGGUGUUGUUCCUGAUACUCAGUGGCAGCGAUCCAUUUCUGAGCGAGGUGAAGUUGUGUGUCCCACCUGCUCAAUUGUGACCAGAAAAACUGUUCAAGGACUGAAAAAACACAUGGAGAUCUGCCAGAAGCUCCAGGACGCUCUCAAGUGCCAGCAGUGCCACAAACAAUUCAGGUCUAAGGCUGGAUUAAAUUACCACAACAUGGCUGAGCACACCACUAAGUCCUCUGGGAAUGACGACCAGACAAUGGGCGAGCACGAGGAGAGAGAGAGACUGCGCAGAGUGCUCAAACAGAUGGGACGAAUCAAGUGUCCUAGUGAGGGAUGCUCAGCCCACUUCUCCAGCCUGAUGGGAUAUCAGUAUCACCAGAAGCGAUGUGGCCGAGAUUCUUCUGAGGAUGACAAGCCUGUGUUUAUUUGCCAGCACUGUGGGAAAUCCUACCGUUCAAAGGCUGGAAAAGACUACCACAUUCGCACGGAGCACUUGAGCCUCACCACCAACAACACAGAUACCAACAACAACACAGGCAAAGAGCGGGAAUCCGAGAAACCAACAUCAGGACACAAGAAGGAGCACUGUGGCUUACCUGAGAAGAGGGACUGGCCAGACAAUACAGCGAGCCAGGCGAAGGAGAAGCAAAAAGAGCCAACAGUAAAAGACAGGGAUAAAGAGAAGGGGAGAGUCCCUGUGCAGCCCUCUCAGAACAACUCCAGUUCAGCCGACGACUUUGAACGUACCCCCAGCGGCAGAGUGAGGCGCAGGUCGGCCCAAGUCGCUGUCUUCCACCUACAGGAGAUUGCUGAAGAUGAACUAGCAAAAGACUGGGGCACAAAGAGGCGCAUUAAAGACGACCUGGUACCAGACACUAAAAGGUUAAACUACACCCGGCCUGGCCUUCCUCACUUCAGCCCUGAGCUGUUAGAAUCAUGGAAAAACCAAGUGAAGGAGAAGGGCUUUAUCUGUUGCAUAAAUGAAAACUGUGAAGCUGUGUAUUCAAGUGUAUCAGGACUAAAGGCCCACCUCGCUAACUGCAGCCAGGGUGGAGGAGAGCUGGGCAAGUACACGUGUCUCAUCUGCCAGAAGGAGUUCAGUUCAGAGAGUGGCGUUAAGUAUCACAUCAACAAGACACACUCACAGAACUGGUUCCGAGCUUCAGAUACUCAAGUUGUUUCCAGCAGCAGCAGCAGCAGUGGCAGCAGCAUCAGCAAGAGCAAGCCUUCAAUGGAGAACAAUUUGCCCAAAGCAGAGGUAAGAAACGGAGCCACCGCUGGAAAGAAACGAGGCAGGAAGCCAAAAGAGCGCCCCCUUGUGGCAUCAUCUCCCUUAACAAACACUGAAGCUUCAACCACUACACAAAGCUCUUCCUCUGACGAGAGCCCCUCCUCCACAGCACCACCAUCUCCAGCAGAAGUCUCAGAGCCCACGAACGUUUCAGCAACUUCAGGCCCAGACAAACUGCCUGACAACUCAGCCAGCAGACGAAUCAAACCCGUGAAAUUAUCCUUGUCAGAGUAACCUUCCCUUUGCCUGAUGCAGGUGCCACCGGAAAUGCUUUUUAAUAAUCUUAUGUCAGGAAACUAAAGGACACUUCUAUGUCUCCGUAACUUGACUAUGUGGAGAAAGCCAAGACAACUAUUAACAACAGUCUGUACCGGUCAAGUAUAGACGGUUGACAAAAUGAUAUUUCAAGACUUGGAUUAGUGUCAGUUCUAUAUUUUUCUUUCAUUCCACAUUUGUCUUCUUUUUAGGUCAUGUGUCUUCUUUCUUUUUUUCCAGUCACAACAGUGAGUGUAAUUUUAAAAUUCAUGAUUUUUCCCUGUCACAACAAAGUGUGAACAUUUUUAAUUCAUGAUUUAGUUUUUUCAGUCCAGGAAGUUAUUUUGCCUACUAGCAUUUCUGAACUGUGUUGUGUAGUAUAAUGACUAAAUUUAUAUUUUAAUGCACUCACUUAUUGCCAUAGAUCUUUUCAUGCCUGACAUACUACAUACAUAUAGUGAGCAAUCAAAUACUGUGUUUUGUGUGUGUAAUGUUGCUUACUCUUUCUCUGUUUAGUCUUUCAUUUAUACAUUUAUCUAUAAGCUAAAAUGUUAGUCAGACACAUAUUUCACCCAUGAUUCUUUCCUGUAGCAAAGUAAUUUUAGUAGCAAUCUAUUUGACAACUACCAUUGUCAAAAAUAUGUACACAGAUCUAUUACACUGAAAUUACUUAUCAGUAUAUAAGAGUCGAUAAAUGUAUAUGUUUGGAUAGUAUAUUACGCUAUGGUGAUAUUUAAUAUAAAUAAGCCUUGUUCUGUCUGAGGGGGUCUGGAAAAGAGAAAUGUUGGGACAGAACCAAAUGUUUUGUAUGAAGCAUGUUGCACCAUUGGAGCACAAUCAGAUGAGGUGAUAAUGAUAAGGUAUUUAUUAAGGCCACAAUACCUGGCUACUGCUUGAGCUUGAAUCAAAGAGAAAAAAAUAUAUUUUAUAAAAUAUUGAUAAAGUUUAUUAAUCAUAAAAUCUGCAAAUGAAGAUGGACAUGUAAUAUGGUAAAUAGAAUUAUUCCUGGAAGCUACGACCUUGCACUUUAACCCCUUCCCUUAUUGCCCUCUUGUACAUUUGCACUCCAGGAGUAUUCAACCUACCCUAUAGGCUGUCCAGCACUGGAGUUGGAACUUUUUGUAAAAUUUAAACACAAAAACAUCUACAGUUGUCAAUAGUGGUUAGUGUAUGAGCAUGAGGAACUCACACUCUCACUCACUUAAAGAGUAUAGUCUAAAAUGACCAAAAAUAUAAGAAAAAGUAAGCCAUAACAGGUGUAAUUUUAGCAUUUUACCUAUGUUGGUAAAAUGUUUCAAUCAAAUGUUCACUUUAUUCAAAUUAAAGUAAAUACUUGAAUCAGAAACAUUAUUGAUGAAAACUCAAUAUUUGUUAUAUGUGCACUCUAACCCAACAGUACAAUUUGUAUACUUGACAGCUUUGAUGGGAGAAUACCAGUGACUUAAAAAAGGUACUUUGCUUGUUAAAAGCAAGUCGAGUCCAAUAAUCCACCUUGCCAGUUUUCUCCAUCCUGGCAAGUCAUAAAUUUUGCACCAAUCAUUUUCAAUGUCAUCAUUUAAAAAGGUUCUGAUGUCAAGAAGAGAAACGAGAUUGCGUCACCUUUUUAUAUAUUAAAGCGAAGCAAAGUUUGUACAGGUGAGGCUGAUUAUGCAUGUGCGCCCAUCUCUGGUUGUGAGGUGGUGCUUCUUCAUCUAUCCAGGUUCAGCCAGCGGAGGAGAGAUUAGAAAAGCACUGAUGGGUCCCAAGAAGACCUUUUCAAAUCCAGACCUUGUGUAUGUGUGUGUUUUGACCUGUUAGCACCUUUGUAACGACUGGAUGUCAGAAAUGGUAACACAUUGUGGCACAGAAUCAGUUCAUCUGCUGCUUGUUACUUGUCUUAUUAAUAAUGCUACAUUGACUGUGUUUACCCAGCAAGCUUUGUUGUUGCAAUAUAUGCUAGUUUAAGCACUGCUUUUUCCAGUGGGUAUUUUAUAUUUUAUCUCACCCUUUACUAUCUGUCUUCCUAGUAUGUGGAUAAGACACAUAUUUAUCCCAGAGUGUAGGCAAACUGCUUAGAGAGUACAGCAAUAUACCAUUAGCUGGUUUUGUUGGCUUGCUUGUUUUUAUAUCAAUGUGUGUUCUGAAAAAAUAUUUCCUAUUCACUCCUUUGCUUUGAUUUUUCCUACACACACACUUUUUAAGAAUGUGUGAUUUGUAGACCACAAAAAUAAAUUCUAGCUUUUCUGUUGGCAUACACUGAUGUUUUAUUCAUUUUAACAAUGCACAUAAAUUGAGCUUUGUAGUGACAAACACAAUGAAAGAGACAUUAUAAUCUUCUCAAUAUGGGAAAUAUGUAUGUGUGUUUGUGUAUUUAGUGCACUUAUUAAACCAUGAGCUAGGCUUGAAAUAGGAGUGUUGUUGGAGCUUUCUAAUUACCCAGACUUUGUGUGGUGUGACUUUUGUACCUGGGCAAAUGGCAGGCUCUAGUGUCUUCCCAUUGUCAGAAUAUUCUCUCACAAAACCUUAUUUGGACAGCAGACGGUGGGUUCUUUUGUUUUUUAAAUGCUUACACAGAUCUGUUGUCAGGGCUAUUGUGAUGAACGAAAAACUUCUGUUGUAGCUUCUAAAUGAUUGUAGUAUAACAAGUGAAAUGAGAGUGACAAGUCCAUAUCUUAAAUUAUGUUGUAUAAUACCUAACAAUUAGGGUAUAACCCCUGACAAUUUUUUCCCAAACUUGUUGUAUUACCUGUGCAUUAGUAUCCCUUGACUAAUUAAUAAAGGUUUCUUGACUAA